UGUGCGGGAAGGACUCAGCAGGAAAGUGAUUUUGCGAUUACUUCAGCUCGCAGGAAAGGCAGCCUCUCCUGACAACACAGGCAGGGCAGUGCGUGCCGCGGCUUCCGUGAGCCCUGCACGCCGACCGGAGGAGCCAACAGCGACACCAGGCUUCUCCUUCUGGUGACGAGAGCCAACGUCACGCUGACCCAUGAAUAUUGAUGUGGAGGAUAGUCUGUUUCAUAGAAGAACAGAAGGAAGCAAGAUGGCUGCCCUUUAGGAUUUGUUAAAGAGGAGACCUAGACGGUUUGCUGGAAUUCUGCAAAGUGGAGGGACGUAAAAAGAGGACGCAGCGAGGGCAGCCUUGUGGAUGGACGCAGAGCAGGCCAGAUGGAAACAGAAAAGGCCAGUCAUGAGACGGAAGAAAGUCUGAUAAUAGCACAACUGAGUACUGUUCACCAGACUGGAAACCUGAUCAACAAGCUGCAGAAUGGAAACCAAUCGCCAGAAGUGCCCCCUCAUCAAAUCAACGGGGAUGCCGACUGGAACCAUUUCAAACCUAGCGUGGGUGUCAACCAAAUAAAAAGGCAUCGCGACAACUGUUCCAGCCCUGCAGAAAUGCAGGACCUGUUUGAUCAAAGCUCAUACAUGACAAAUGGAGACAUAAAGCAUGCUUUAAGCGAGCCAUCGCUAUUAGGGUUUCACCAGUCCAAGAAACUCAGAGGGGAUUCGGAGAUAAACGGCGAUGACGAUAAAGUGGUGGAGAACAAUGCAAUCACCUCAUGGGACAAGAAGGAAGCCGUAGGUAUGGAAAGCAACCUGGACUGUUUCCAAGAUCUGAUGAAGCCUGCAGACUUUGAGUGCGACGUUUUGCUGAGGGAACAGAAACUGGAUAAGAAAAACGCUAAUUUCUCCAACGGGGACCUCUUUUCCCUUUCGAGGGGCAAGCAAACGCCAACUCCCAAUGGUGCUACCAUGACUGCCUCAUCCAGGGAAGACACUCCUGGCGACCUUCUACAGAAAACACUGUCUCAGUAUUACCCCGACCGGGUGUCCAUCGCACCGCAGAACAACCCAUCUCAAGAAAAUGGCAUCAAGAUCCCAGUGGCAAAUGACUUGCCUGAACAGGCCAUUCACUCCCCAUCCCUUACCUCAGGUUUGCUCAUUUCACCACAACUCGCUGCCUCGGGACGGCCGGACAGGACACCCCCAGAGGUGCACAACAGUACUGAUUUCGGUGCACCGUUUGCCAUGAACGGAUACCCCAGCAUGCUCGGAACAGAGCACCAGCAGGAGCCUUACCCUCUCCAGGACAUCCCGGCUGCAGGGGAACCGCACAGACCGGGCCAGGAGGAGCAGAUCCCUGGGAUGGGCCUGCCCGCUGGGCCCCCCAGCAGCUCACAAGAUCCGAACUGCGCCGGGUCCUUCUCCAACAGAAUGGACGCCCAAAACAUGUAUUCCACCUCCAACCACAAGUUUAAUCAAGACUCCUACCCUCCCAUGAUGGAGCCCGGAGUUCCGCUCCAGGGCGACGAAGCUUGCCGAUUCAGCCCCUUUGCCAACAAAGCCGUGGGAGGCAUGGCGGAGAGCGAGGGAUCAGACCCAUGUCAGGACACACAAGUCCCCCAAAACGGUCAGCACGAGGUGGAGUACGGGGUGCAGCAGCAGCAGCAGCUAGCCCAGCAUGGCCUUUCAGAGAGCAGCGGCCUCCGGGAGUCCCCCAGCUCUGCUCUGCUGGACCAGCAUGCUCCCCCACAGCCAAUACAAGUCGCUCAGCAUUCGGCCGGUGCGCCCGAGCCUGAGACUCCCCUAAUAGCCCGUCAGACUCAAGGCGCCGAGAUGGGAAAUGAAAUGUCUUUUAAAGGGGAGGCCGGGGACAUGCUGCAGCGGACGGAUUCCUACCCCCAGAUGGGCUGGAUUGAUCUGAAUUCGUCCCCGCCGCCACAGCCGGCGGGCCGGCCGCUGAUGUGGAAGGACUUCCCGCCGCAGUCGCAGCAGCAGGUCGCCGCGCAGAGGCAGGGGCGCGCGCCGGGCGUCGACGCCGCGCAGGGCUUUCGGAUGCAGCAGGGGUUUGAUCAAUCCGGCUUCCAGCAGCAGGAAAAGCAGGUGGAGAACGGGUUCAACCCCAACCCGGAGCAGGACGGGGCCCAGAACAAUACUGCCAACCAAUGGCAGCAGCCGGGUUCCACUAACCUUCAGCCUCAGAUGCCGCCUGUGCCCCAACAGCCGGCAGAUAGCCGUUUUUGCUCCCAAGUGCAACAAGAGCGCUUAUGCGAGAACAGCCAAGAUGUUGAGCAAAUUCUGUCAUCUAGCCUUUUGCAGCAGCAGCAGCAGCAGCAGCAACAGCAACAGCAGCCUUACCCUCAGACAGAGGGGCAGCAGGAAGCCUGUGCACUCCAGCAGCCUUCCCAAGAUGCACAGCAUGCGGCUAUGUGUCAGCCCCAGGAUCCGUCUCAGAGGCAGCUGGGCGGACAGCUCUUGAACAGACUCAAGCUGGAGGAGUACAUCAGGCUGGAAAAGGAGCUAAAAUCCCCCAGCUACACGUCUAAGAUUCAGCAAGGGCAACAUCAGGCAGGAUUAACCCCUCCUGGCAGGAACACUCCCGGGUUUUUUGAUUCCUCACUCCGCAAUAUGCAACCUCCGCAAAAGGACUCUGCCGGGCUCCCAUUUGGUCAAAGCGAAGCGGUCAGGGCGUCCCUGCUGGACAACUACAAGUUUGGCAGGACGUUGCCGCCACAGUGCUCUCCAAGCCCCGGGCCCCCAAAGCAAUACCCACAGCAGCACCAGAUUCACCGGCAGUCGAACUUCACAGACUUCCUGCGGCCAUCUCCCACGCAACAGCAACCUCAGUUAGCACAAAGUCCUUUGAAUCCACAGGUACCGGGACACAUGGGCCCGCAGGUGUAUCCCAAGGUGGAGAUGCAGGAGUCCUGUGCGCAGUUUCAGCAGGGGCAGCUCCAGAACCAAAACCACAGGGAGAUCCAGAGACAUGCCGCCCUGCGGAUGCACCUGCUGCAGAAGCAGGAGAGGCAGGGGCUCCCCCAGAACCCGAACGACUUCAAGCACAUGAUCCGGGCUAUCAAAUCCGAGAACGGCCCGAGGUUCGAGUCUCCCAUGCCGCAUCCGGGCAGAGAGCCGGCAAAUCCCGCCAUGCAGGUGGCGGUCAAGCAGGAGCCUCGUCCAAUGACGUGCGAGCAGAUGCAGCAGAAGAGCAUCAUCGCCACCAUGGAGCGCCAGCUCAGCCAGUACCAGCCUUUGCCCAUAUUCGAGAGGAAGUCGCUGGUCAUCAAGUCUCCGAACAAGGUCAAGGUGGAGUCGUCGGGUCCCGUGACAAUCCUCUCAACCAACGCAGACCUGUGCAGGGAGGACGGGGGAGCCGCAGCCCUGAAAAAACCCCCCUCCGAUUUCACCCCUACGAAGAAGAUAGAGCCAAACCUGAACAACUUCAUUGAGUCUCCGAUGAAGCUGCUGGACACUCCAAUCAAAAACCUGCUGGAAACCCCUGCUAAAACUCAAUAUGAAAUUCCAUCAUGCCACUGCGUUGAGCAACUCAGUGAGAAAGAUGAAGGGCCCUAUUAUACGCACCUGGGAGCAGCUCCAAAUGUGGCAGGCAUCCGUGAGCUCAUGGAGAAGAGGUUUGGUCAAACUGGAAGCGCCAUCAGGAUUGAGAAAGUUGUGUAUACUGGGAAGGAAGGAAAAAGUACACAAGGUUGCCCUAUAGCCAAAUGGGUGAUCCGGCGUGCCAGUGUGGACGAGAAGCUUCUGGUGCUGGUGCGGGAGCGUGCCGGUCACUCGUGCAACACGGCCUGCAUCGUGGUGGUCAUCCUCAUCUGGGAGGGCAUCCCCACCAGCCUGGCCGACCGCCUCUACACCGAGCUGAGCGAGACCCUCAGGAAGCACGGGGCCCUGACCAAUCGUAGAUGUGCCCUCAAUGAAGAGAGAACAUGUGCUUGUCAAGGUCUGGACCCCGAUGUCUGUGGUGCAUCCUUCUCCUUCGGGUGCUCCUGGAGCAUGUACUACAAUGGGUGCAAAUUCGCCAGAAGUAAAAUCCCCAGGAAAUUCAAGCUCCUUGGAGAUGACCCAAAAGAGGAGGAGAAAUUAGAACAAAACCUACAGAAUUUGGCUACUUUAAUGGCACCAACCUAUAAACAACUGGCCCCCGAUGCUUAUGGAAACCAGGUGGAGUACGAGCACCGUGCGCCCGACUGCCGGCUGGGGGUGAAGGAGGGCCGCCCUUUCUCCGGGGUCACCGCCUGCCUGGACUUCUGUGCUCACGCCCACAGAGACUUGCACAACAUGCAGAGCGGCAGCACUGUGGUGUGCACGCUCACGAGAGAAGACAAUCGCGAAGUCGGGAAGAUCCCGGAAGAUGAGCAGCUCCACGUGCUGCCGCUGUACAAAGCCUCCGCGACGGACGAGUACGGCAGCGUGGAGGCACAGCAAGAGAAGAUCAGGUCGGGCGCAAUCCAGGUGCUCACCACCUUCCGCCGGAAGGUGCGGAUGCUGGCCGAGCCUGCCAAAUCGUGCCGACAGAAGAAGCUGGAUGCCAAACGGGCAGCCAGCAACAAGCUGCCCAACCCGGACACCCCCAACUCCAAGGCGGAGAAGGCCCUCGCGGUGAAAGUGAAACAAAGCACUUGUGAGACCCCGAGUCAGUGCACGCCUAUGUCAGGUCCCCAUCCUGGUCAAGGCCACAUGAGGAUGCCUCAGCCGCCGGGCCACCUGCCACACCCCCUCGGUGCCCAUCAGCAGCCUCAGCAGCAGGGCCAGCCUCUCCAGCGGCAGAGCCACCCCCACCCCUACCCGGGCUCCCCCCACCCGGCCAGCUACCCCAGGUUCGCCAACCACGGGGAUCCAUUUCCAAGCACUUCCCAGCCAGCGAACAUGUACCCGCAGCCGGCAGCGUCGGCCAGCCCCUUCCCACCUCCCCUACACGUUUCCAACUCUUAUCUGAAUGGGUCAAAUCCUGCAAACUCCCCCUACCCCGGGGCUCUGAACCCCGGUAACCUUUACCCCGGGUACCAAUGCAACGGAGGCAUGCCAAUGGAGAACUACCACCCGUACUACGCUUCGAACCCAAAGCACCUGGACGUGUUCCGCCACCAGAGGCCGCAGCUCUACCCCUCUCAGCAGUACCCAGCCCAUCAGCAAUACGGUGUCAACUACCCCCCGCGGUACGGCGAGCAAGGUCUACAGGUCAACGGUUACAGCAACUGCAGCAUGAGGCCCAACGUGCACCCCAUGGGUCCCUACCCGAGCUACAGCCCUAACCCCGGGCCCGAACCCCAAUUUUUGGAGGCCAUCUCUCGACCACCCUCAGUGCACCCAAGUCUGGACUAUGCAGCAGUGAGCAAAGGCAGUCCUUUCAGAGGACACGCAAACCCGUACCUAGCCCAGAACCCUCAGAUGUUCCCGUCGGCCCAGGACUCUUUCCGUAUGCAAAGCAAGCCGGAGAUGAAUUUACACGGCGCAAACGGGAUCGGUCAGGUGCUUCCCCCGCUGGGCAGCGAAUGUCUAACCCCUACGCAGCCAGGGUAUGGGCUACCUAAUGGAAAAAUCCCGGGAGUCCAAAUCAAACAGGAGCCUGGGGUGCAGGCUCCAAUCCCAAACAAGGACGAGGAUGAGGACGUGUGGUCGGACAACGAGCACAACUUCCUGGACCCGGAGAUCGGUGGCGUGGCGGUGGCGCCCAGCCAUGGCUCCAUCCUCAUCGAGUGCGCCAAGCGGGAGCUCCAUGCCACCACCCCACUGAAGAACCCCGACCGCAACCACCCCACCCGCAUCUCGCUGGUCUUCUACCAGCACAAGAACAUGAACGAGGCCAAGCACGGCCUGGCGCUCUGGGAGGCCAAGAUGGCGGAGAAGGCCCGGGAGAAGGAGGAGGACAGCGAGAAGAACGGCACCGAGGGUACUCCAAGCAAGAGCAAGAAGGUCAAGCGGGAACAUUCCGAGGUGCUGGAGCACGGCGAGCCUCCCUACAAGCGCUUCAUCGAGACCCUCAAGCAGAAGUCCAUGUCCUGUACCACAAACACUUACGUCAGUACAUCUCCCUAUGCCUUCACCAAGGUAACGGGGCCUUACAACCGCUUCAUUUAGUGUUGUAUUCAGGUUUACAAUGACACGCACGCACGCACGCACACACACACACACACACACACACACACACAAACAAACAGGCGCGUAAUUCUGCAAAGGAGAGGCACUGUAAGUAUGACCUCAGCACCAUUAGCCGCACAGCUGCAUGAAGCUCUUAACAUAAAAGGGAGUGGUAUUACGAGAACUAUGACAGAUCAUUCUGUGAAAAAGAAAAAAAAAUGAGUGAAUGGACUAAGAAAUACUGUAGAUGCAUUGGAAAAACAUACAAUUACACAUUAGGCCUGCCACUUCUUGAAAGAUUGACAUUUACUAACUGGUGUGAUCCCAAGGCAGUGUUUUAUUAUUUUUUUUGUUUCUUUUACAAGAUACAUACUGUACUAAUCCUCUGGUGCUUCAUGACCUGUAUAUGGACAGGACUUAUAUUACUGGAAACAAAGUUUCAUUUUGGUGGCUUUAAUUU